UUGCAUUUGAAUCCAGUUCCUCUUUCUUCAAAUGCCACAGGAGGGGCCAUGUAGGGCAGACCAGAUGAGCCCCGCUGGAAACCCUGUCUACGGGGAGAAGUCUGACAGAUGGGGCACUUCAGUGAUUUCCAGUCUUACAGCUGAGUUUUGUUUCUGCCUCUAGCCUGGCCACAGAUCAGAAGGGAAAAUGAAACUGAAGAAAUGUUCUAUCGGCAAAGUAGAGUUUCAGUUUCCAGAGCUGUGUGUUUCUGGAUCUGCCCCUUGUGUUAUGCUAAGCCGGUUGGGGCAUAUAAAAGGAGCCAGUCAUAGGCUGUCACAGAGCGAGUGACAGAGCUGUGAGAGAGAAAGCAGCCCUGAAAGCCAGAGCGGAGCCUGAGCAAACCUACCUUGCCUAAGACCUGCAGCCAUGAGCCUGUGUCUGAAGGUGAAGAUGAUCACUGGAAUGGAACACACAGUGAAGGCAGAAGGCCACAUCACUGUCAUGGAGCUGAAGAAACUGAUUGCCCAGAAGACCGGUGUGCAGGCAUACCUACAGCGGCUGGCCACAAAAGACGGGGAGCUGCUGUUAAACAGGAAACUCCUCUCCCAGCACAAGUUGAAGACUGGAGAUGUGCUCCUGCUGUUGGUGGAGCAAGACCAGUCCAUGGACAUCCUGGUGCGGAAGGAUGUCCACGCCAACUCCUACCACAUCCAGCUGAGCCAGACUGUGGCCGAGCUCAAGAAGAUGGUGCAGGAGAAGGAGCGGGUCAGUGUGAACCAGUUCUGGCUCCAAUUUGAGGGGAAGCCCAUGGACGACAAUGACCACUUGGGAGACUAUGACCUCAGCCCCUUGUGCACCAUCCAGAUGAACCUGCGGCUUCGCGGAGGGGGUGGAGGGAAAGGAUACUAGUAUGGUAUGGAAGAGAAUGUUAUGUGCGUGUUGAGGGGCCUUGUCAUUCUCUUGGCUCUUUGACUUUUUUGACUUUCCUCUGGCUCUUGGGUUGGGUUGGGAUGAUAAAGUGUUGGGCCUUGAGAUUUGGUUUGGUGCUCCCCUAUUGACCUGCCCUUCCACACUCCCCUGGGUCUUGAUUUCUUUCCUAGGUCCUGACCCUUGCCCUGGCAAACUCCCUGUCUUAAUUGUCUGGAUCCAACUGUCAAUAAUGAAUGUCAAUAAAGGAGCAAACCUGCCUCUUGUA